UUAGUUAACGAAUCGAUGGUGGCGGUGUCUGUCUGGUUUGUUUCGAAAGUGUUGAAAAAAGUGUGACAUUUUUUUCUAAUUUAGAUAAGCAAACAUGGGGAUAAGCGAUUAUUAUCCCUUGAUCUUACUUCUUGCCUCAGUCUGUCUCACAGAGGUCAGAGGUCAAGCCUGCUCCAAAGAUAAGCCUUGCGGGACGGACGCUUGUUGCAGCAAAUGGGGCAACUGCGGUUACGGACCAGACUUUUGUGGGGAUGGGUGCCAAAAUAAUUGCGAUGCGAAACCAGAGUGUGGCAAAUGGGCAUUGGACUUUGACUGUCCCCUUAAAGUGUGCUGCUCGAAAUGGGGUUUCUGCGGCACAACGGAAGAAUUUUGCAAGAAAGAAUGCCAGGGAAAUUGUGACGAUCCGCCAGCCCCCUCCUGCUCUUCUCGAGGUUCCUCCUCCUCCCCCGUCAACAUCGGCUACUACGCGUCCUGGGCUGCCACCCGGAAGUGCAACCAAUACACCGUUGAUAAUAUUGACCCUGAUCUCUACACCCAUCUCAACUACGCCUUCGUCGACGUGAGUAACGGUGUCAUUGCUCCACCGAGCGUCCAAGAGGACUCGGCGAUGCGAAACUUUUCCGGACUCAAGGAUUUCAACCCAAGUUUGAAAGUGUUGGCGUCAAUUGGAGGUUGGGCGUUUAAUGACCCUGGGGAAACACAGCAGGAAUUUCACAAUAUUGCAGAAACCCCGAAAAGCAGGAAGAAAUUUAUUCAGUCUGUCCUCAAAUUCAUGAAAGAGUAUGGUUUUGACGGCGUAGACGUCGACUGGGAGUAUCCCGUGGCAGAUGACCGUGGGGGUUCUCCGGAGGACAAAGAUAACUAUUUGGACCUCAUCAAAGAGAUGAGGGCGGCGUUCAAGUCGAAAUAUUUAAUAACCAUUGCAGCCCCAGCGAGUUAUUGGUACUUGAGGCACUUCAAGAUUGCAGAAAUGUCAGAAUAUCUCGACUGGGUUAAUGUCAUGACUUACGAUAUUCACGGGACCUGGGAUAAGGACAUUGAGUCGCUCGGCCCAUAUGUUAAGCCACACACUGACAUUUCUGAAAUUGAACCAGCCAUCGGGCUUUUCAGAAAGGAUGGCGUUCCCGAUGAAAAACUUGUCCUGGGUCUUGGCUACUAUGGGAGAGCUUUCACUCUGAAAACACCCUCUUGCAAAAAGAUCGGAUGUGAAUUCAGUGGGGCUGCGAAGGGCGGAGAGUGCACUGAUGCUCCAGGAACGCUGGGCUGGUUCGAAAUUGUUGACAUCAUAAAGACCAAGGGGGCAAAGUCGAUCACUGAUAAAAAGUCAAUGUCCAAGAUUCUUGUUUUCGAUAAGGACCAAUGGGUCGGGUAUGAUGACGAGGAGACGCUCGCCUUUAAACGUUCCUGGGCCAAGAAGAACUGCCUGCGAGGCACCAUGAUUUGGAGUAUCGACCAAGGCCUCGAUAAGUACGAGUAUGAAGAUAACGCCAUCCCAGAUGCUAAAAUUCCCCCGAAACCGGAUCGAUCUCCGAUGUAUAAUCGACCAAAAUCAGUGGGACAAGGACACGGCAGAAAAUAAAAUAUAAUCUAUCGGUAUAAAUUCGUUCAUCAUUUUUUUUCAGAAAUCUACUCUCAAAUUCUGUAAUCAACAUUUUAUUCUCGAAAUCUUCAUCAUAUUUUUAGUCGACACAUUUCAGCCAUAAAUUGUUUUCGGGUAUAAAUCAGUUCUCUCUAUUAAUCUUUACAUGAAUUAACUAAAUAAAAUAAAAUUAGGAAAUGAAA